UUUGUUUAAGUAUAUUAAGUGCAAUUACGUCUACUCUUUCUUGAUUUUCUUGCUCAAAAGUUGUGAACUUUUCUUUGAAGUUAAGAUUAUUAUGGCUGGUUUAGGGGCAGAGAAAAAAAUUGUGGUAGUUAUUGGGGGUGGAGUUGCUGGCUCUCUUGUUGCCAAGUCCCUUCAAAACAAUGCCAAUAUCUUCCUCAUCGAUGAGAAAGAGUAUUUUGAGAUAACAUGGGCAAGCUUAAGGUCUAUGGUUGAACCUUCAUUUGCUAAAAGAUCAGUCAUUUCUCACUCUGAAUACCUUUCAGCUGUAGUAAACAUCACAGACACUGAUGUAUUGACCAAAAAAGGUAGUCAAAUUCCCUAUGACUAUCUUGUUGUUGCCACUGAUCAUACACAAAAUAGUGCUUCCACGAAAACUGAGAAAAUCAGUCAAUACUAAACAGGUACUAAUGGGUUUUGAUAAUACGCGCAAAAGGAUUUCCACAAUUUGAGGCGGAAGUAUCUAAUAUAAACACUUUAUCAUAUCUUAAGGUAUGAUAUUGGAAAAUGCCAUAAUUUUGAAUGUCUAAAUGAAAUCUACUGACAAGUUUUAAGGGGCUAUCGAUAUAUUUAGCCUACAAAUUAACUGUUGAUAAAGGCGGCUAAUUCCCUUUUAAUAGUAGGUGGAGGUCCAACAGGUGUGGAGUUGGCUGCUGAAAUUGCUGUUGAUUUUGCACAAGGGACCAAGAUUAUUGGAAUUUAUCGGAGAAAGCGCAAGCAGAAAGACUCUGAAUUGGCUUACUUCAAAUAAAGUUGAAGUCAUUUUGGGACAAUCUGUUGAUUUGAAAUCUGCAUCAGAUGGCAUUUAUCAAACAUCGGGCGGAGAAACCAUAGUUGCUGAUUGCCAUUUUAUUUGCAUCGGAAAAUCAAUUGGUUCGUCAUGGCUAAAAGAAACUAUCGGGCGGAGAAACCAUAGUUGCUGAGUUGGUGUGUUGAGUUUGAUGGUUCUUCUUUUAAAGAAAUGUUGUUUUUAAGUUUCGUAGUUCUUCUAAUAAGUAGUCUAUCAAGUCAGAAAAGUUAUUCUAACUGAUUUGUUUCCUCUUUUUGAUUUUAUUUUCAGUGUUGAAUUGUUGAUUAUACUAGAGUGUGGAGUUGCAAUUUUCGUAAAGUAAUGUAAUAGAUGUCCAUUUUAUUUUCUCUACUUCUUCUGCAAA